UAUAAAGUUCAAAGAUUUUCUUUGAAGGACACGAUUGAAUAUUACAGAAGGGGGGAAAACAGAAAGAGAGAGAGAAGACAGAGAGGAAGCUAGUAGUCACACUAAUCCGAACAAAGGGGAACUAUUCUAAGUUACUCUAGAGUUGUACUCAUUGAUAGUCAGUCAAUGAAGGCAUCCAGUUCAACACGUUCAGCUCAGUUUUAAGGUGGGUGAAGGAGCUGAGGUCGGCGCUCUGAAACUCGCGGUUUUUGGGAGGAAAACAAAAGUACAAGAAACUGACACUUUUACUUCUAGCGUCUUGUUCGGAUAAUUCUGAGCGGGUCCCAAAGUCUGGUAAAUUGCUACAAUGACAACGAGAAAGGGUUUCUAUUACCAGGAGAUUAAUAAAACAGCCUGGGAAGUAUUGGAGAGAUACACAGAGCUGGCUGCUGUAGGCUCAGGAGCCUAUGGAAGUGUUUGCUCAGCCAUUGAUAAGCGAACUGGCACUAAAGUAGCAAUCAAGAAAUUAUACCGACCCUUUCAAUCCGAGUUAUUUGCUAAACGAGCUUAUCGGGAACUUCGCCUAUUGAAGCACAUGAAACACGAGAAUGUAAUUGGUCUGUUGGAUGUUUUCACACCAGAUCUGUCUUUGGAGAAGUUUAAUGAUUUUUAUUUGGUUAUGCCUUUUAUGGGAACAGACCUUAGCAAAUUAAUGAAGCAUGAGAAACUGACUGAAGACCGGAUCCAGUUUCUGGUGUAUCAAAUCUUGAAAGGCCUAAAGUACAUCCACUCAGCAGGGAUCAUCCAUCGGGAUCUUAAACCUGGGAAUCUGGCCAUCAAUGAAGACUGUGAACUGAAGAUUCUAGAUUUUGGAUUGGCAAGACAUGCAGAUCAAGAAAUGACUGGUUAUGUAGUUACCAGAUGGUACCGUGCCCCAGAGGUAAUACUGAACUGGAUGCAUUAUACUCAGACAGUUGAUAUUUGGUCUGUUGGCUGCAUCAUGGCAGAGAUGAUUACAAGCCGGCCUCUCUUUAAAGGCAUUGAUCAUUUAGAUCAACUGACAGAAAUCAUGAAAAUAACAGGUACACCCACACAAGACUUUGUUCAGAAGCUACAGAGUCAAGAGGCUAAAAAUUACAUCAAAAGUUUACAAAGGGUUCCAAAAAAAGAUUUUAAAGCCCUGUUUGCAAAUGCAAGUCAAGCAGCCGUCAACUUAAUGGAAAAAAUGCUUGUACUCGAUGCAGAGAAACGAAUAACUGCUGCAGAAGCUUUGGCUCAUUCUUAUUUUGAGCAGUAUCGAGAUCCUGAAGAAGAGACUGUGGCAAUGCCAUAUGACGAUAGUUUUGAUAACAUGGAUUGCACUAUUGAAGAAUGGAAACGUCAUACUUAUAAAGAAGUGAUUAACUUUAAACCAUCAACUGGAGUACCAGAAUCUAAAGAAACAGCAGUGUAACACUGGAAUCAUAGCUAGAAUACAGAAGUAGUAUAUAAUUGUGGAAUGAGCAGCCAGCUCUGAAGACAUUAAUUCAUUUAGUUGCUUGUUGUUUCAAUGUUUUGAAAAAAAAGUACACAAUUUUAAAUUUAUGUCUACAGUCUACAGUUCAGUCAGUGUAACUUUGUGUUUUGAAGGUCAAACUCUGCACCAGCGUUUCUUGGAAAUACUUCAGUAUUGUAACAUUUUUAAAUACUUGUGAUUUCAGACUGAAAUGUCUCCUGACAAUAAUGGAGUGAAAAAAAGGCAAAAGCAAUCUUGUUAUUACUCUGAACUUUUUCAUGGUGCUACAUAAAUUCAAAAGUUGUUGUAUCAUCAGAGGAUAGUUUCUCAUUACUACAUUGCCUGCAGCCACUUGCAUACUCUCUUUAAUUGGUGUAUAAUGUCUUUAAUCAUCAUUCUUUAAGUGCUGUUAGCAAGAUAAUGUAGAGUCAAUGUUAAUAUUCGUUGUGUUAAAAUAAUAACAAACACAUAAGGGUAUUGAAGGAUGAUUAAUCUAUUCUCAAUCCCAUUAUAACUAUUCUCAGACACUAAUUCGAGAUAAUUAUCAAAGGUUACAUUUUUAAAAUCCUUGACCAAAACUGACCAUUAGAACUGGGCCAGCAUACAGCACUGACCAAUCAUGUGGGAUUUCCCACUCCAAGCAAAUUAGUUCAGUUUUUCAUUAAUCAAGCUAAUAAUGGUAGUUCACUUAUAAUUUACAAAUUGUAUUUCAAGCGAAUAUGAAAUUAACAGUAUAAAUCCAUUAGGUAAACAAAAAAACCCCAAAGAACCACAGAUACUGGAAAUCAGAAACAAAAUCAGAAAUUGCUGGAAAAACUCAGCAGGUAUGGUAGCAUCUGUGGAAAGAAAGCAGAGUUAACAUUUCGGGUCCAGUGAUCCUUCUUCAGAACUUGUUGUUGCUGACAGCCCUGCUGAGUUUUUCCAGCAAUUUGUGACUUUGUUUCUAACUUAAUUAAGGUGCUGUUUGUUCCACUCAAAUGGCUCAAAGACCAGUUAUAUGUGUUGCACUGAACAUUCCUCUCAAUCAACUAUUGGAAAUCUGCACUCUGAACAGGGUACAUGCGACCUAUCGGAACUGGCCAAAUAACUGUGUCUCUUUAAUCAGAUUGAAGAAUUGUUAGCUCACUGCACAGAGUUUGAAUCAGGAUGUGUCAGUUAUAAAAUUAAAUCCAAUGUCAAAUCAUCUACAGAAAGAAAAAGAGAAAUACCCAUAAGAUUUAGGAGCAGAAGUCAUUCAGCCCAAGUCUACUCCCUCAUCCUGUGCGAUCAUGGCUGAUCUAAUAAUCCUCAAUUCCAUUUUCUUGACUUUUCCCCAAAGACAUUUUUUUAAUCAGUAAAGGAAUCAGUUAUCUCAGCCUUGGAUAUACUUAAUGAUGCAGCCUCAACAGUUCUGUAGUAAAGAAUUCAACAGAUUCACCACCCUCUGAGAGAAGAAAUUCCUCCUUAUCUCUGUUUUAAAUGUGCAACCUGUUAUUCUGAGAUUAUGCUCUCUGGUCCUAGACUCUCCCACAAAGGGGUAAAAUAGAGAGAAGGAACGUAAAACUGGAUGAUGAAAGACAGAAAGAAAAAGUAAAACUUAUCUGAGUGGCCAUUAAUAAUUAAUAUCUGAAGAAAUGAGACCCACAUUUAUUAAAGCAGAUUUCCAGCACUGGAGGGAUUGUUUGAUGAUAAUUAAAAUUUAAAACACCAUUAAAAUAUACUUGUUUUACACCACUCUAUGUAUUUCAAUGCCAAGGUCCUUUAGAUAACUUUCUGUUGCAGCCUAUAGAGGAGAAGGGUAUCUUGGACAGUAACGUCCUUUUAUGCAUUUAACUGAUGUGCAACUGUUGGAAUUGCUUUCUAAUUUACAUGAAUAUUAAUGAUAAGGUUCAUUGCAAUUUCUACCACAAAAUCCACCACAUUAUCUCUCAAACUAGUGAGAGCAUACUUCAACAAUUUCCUCAGGGAUGCCAUCUAGUUAUUUAUGGUAACUUUUCUGUGUUUCCUUGUAAACUGUGCUAUACAUCAUCUGGUAUUGCAUGUAGACACUCACCCACUACAACUAGCCUUAUGAACCUUAUGGCAGUAGCAUAAAAACACUUUCUAAAGGAGCAAUAUUGACUGAAUUGUAAUAAAUUAUGAACUGUAAUGCAAAGAAACCAUGAGAAGUUAAAACAUUAAAAUAUUUUUAAAAUUUGAGGAA